AUGGGUCGCAAGAAGGUUGUUGCUGAUGAUCUUUUAGCUGACAUCCCGAACAUUGUCACAGUCCAAUCUUCACUUUCCCAGUCUCAACCCAAACUGAAGCCAAAGAGGCUGAAGAAAGCCCAAGCCAAGACAACAGUGACUCAGAUCGACUCUGAGGACACCUUGUCGAUCUCAAAAAUAGCUGAGGAAAUCCAGCAUGCCCACUCCUUUGCGAUGCAAGUAGAGGUAAUGAAGAAGGAGCUAGUCCACAAGACCAAGAAGGCUGCUGGUUUGCUCAAGACCAUAAAUAAAGCCGAGGCUAAGAUGAAAACAUUGAUAGAUCAGGCCAAGGUAGCCAAACAAGCCCAAGGCGAGGCCGAGGAAAGGGCGGAGACUACUGACACUAUCGCUGAGGUCCUUAAGGCCGAGAAGAAAGAGGCUGAGGCAAAAAUGAUCGAAGCCCAAGCCGAACUCCGAGAUGCCCUGGCCACAAAAGCCGCCAAGAUCAAAGCGGCGGACGAGAAGAUAGCUACUCUGAAGGAGUUGGCUGUUCCCGAGGACUCUCCUCUUAGAGAUAUAGGCCGACUUGUGCUACCAUUUCCUCCCGCUUCAAGCCAAUCUGAGGCUAAGGCUGGGAAGGAAGAAGAAGAGGAAGAAGGAGAGGAAGUUGAAGACGAAGAGGCCAAGGAUGAGGAGGACCGGGUUUCAAAAGGUCCCUUCCCCCAAAAGACAACAUCUGAGGUGUCAAUCGCCGAGAAGAGCAUUGAUCAAACUCUACAAGAGAUUGACGCCGAGCUCAAGGCUAAGAAGGCUGUCGAGAAAAGUUCACAGUUGUCUUCUGAGGCUGAGACACAUCUUGCCGCUGACACCGAGUAG